AAAGGAUUAGUCAUACAAAAUCUCACCAUCUUUUUUUGGUAUUUGCACGAUCAUUGUUAUAUCGACUGGUUUCUUAAGGACGCAGAGGGAAAUGGAAAGCAUCAUGAACUUGAAGAGAAAGGAGAAGAGAUCACAAAGUAGAUCAAGACUUGGGAAAUAUCUCAAAGAACAAAAGGGGAGGAUUUACAUCAUUAGAAGAUGUGUCAUGAUGCUCCUUUGCUCACGUGAUUGAUUCAAUUUUAUUCAUUAUUACCAUAUCAAUACACUUACAUAUACAUGUCUAUGCACGUGUGUAUUUGUAUAUAUGACAAGCCUAAAGAAUUAGCUUGCUUUGUUUUGUGUCUUGUCCGAUAUAUGUAAAUACUCAUAGCGAAGCUUAU